AUGGGAGGCUGGACGCUGGACAAGACCAUAUACUGGAUAUCCAGAACGGCAUCCUGGACAAGGCAACGCAACGGUGAGAACGUGUUCAUCUCCCAGCAGCCCCCAGUGAUCAGCAGCAUCAUGGGUAACGGCCGGCGCCGCAGCAUCUCGUGCCCCAGCUGUAACGGCCAGGCGGAGGGCAACAAGCUGCUGGCCCCCGUGGCGCUGGCCUGUGGCGCCGACGGGAGCCUCUUCGUCGGAGACUUCAACUACAUCAGACGCAUCUUCCCCUCUGGGAACGUCACCAGUGUGAUGGAGCUCAGCAACAACCCGGCCCACCGGUACUACYUGGCGACGGACCCGGUUACGGGGCAGCUGUACGUGUCAGACACCAACUCCCGCCGUAUCUACYGUCCCAAGGUCCUGACGGGCACCAAGGAGCUGAUCCAGAACGGAGAGGUGGUGGCRGGUACCGGGGAGCAGUGUCCCCCCUUCGACGAGGCACGCUGCGGGGACGGGGGAAAGGCCACAGAGGCCCUCCUCAUGGGACCCAAAGGUAUUACGGUAGAUAAGAACGGGUACAUCUACUUCGUAGACGGGACCAUGAUCAGGAAGGUGGAUCGUAACGGGAUCAUCUCCACCCUGUUGGGCUCCAACGACCUCACCUCAGCACGACCCCUGACCUGUGACACCAGCAUGCACAUUAGACAGGUUCGUCUGGAGUGGCCCACAGCCCUGGCCAUCAACCCCAUGGAUAAUUCCAUCUAUGUCCUGGACAACAAUGUGGUGCUGCAGAUCACUGAGAACAGACAGGUGCGCAUCGUGGCGGGACGUCCCAUGCACUGCCAGGUGCCAGGUAUAGAAUACACGCUGGGCAAGCGGGCGGUGCAGACCAUGCUGGAGGGAGCUGCUGCCAUCGCCCUCUCCUACAGUGGCGUGCUCUACAUCGCCGAGACUGAUGAGAAGAAGAUACACCGCAUCCGCCAGGUGUCCACGGACGGCGAGAUCACGCCGUUGGCCGGAGCUCUGUCCGACUGCGACUGCAAGAACGACGCCAACUGCGACUGCUACCAGACGGGCGACGGCUACGCCAAAGACGCCCGCCUCAACUCGCCCUCCUCGCUUGUYGUCUCGCCCGACGGUACGCUCUACGUGGCCGACCUGGGCAACAUCCGCAUCCGCGCCGUCCGCCGCAACCAACCGCCGUCGGGCGCCGCCGUUUCCGGCCCGGGCUCCUUCGAGGUGGCCUCGCCGUCGUCCCAGGAGCUCUACGUGUUUGAUUCCAACGGAACCCACCAGUUCACCAUGUCUCUCGUCACCGGUGACUACAAGUACAACUUCAGCUAUAGCAACGAGGAGGACGUUACAGCGGUGACRGAUAGUAGUGGCAACACCUUGAGGAUCCGCCGCGACCCCAACCGGAUGCCGGUGCGGAUCGUUGCCCCGGACAACCAGGUGAUCUGGCUGACUAUCGGGACCAAUGGCGGGUUGAAGACACUGACGGCCCAGGGACAAGAGCUGGUGCUGUUCACCUACCACGGCAACAGUGGGCUGCUCGCCACCAAGACCAUACAGAUAGGAUGGACCACCUUCUAUGAUUAUGACAGUGAGGGUCGUCUAACCAACGUGACGUUCCCUACGGGGUGGUGACAACUGCACGGGGCAUGACCGGGGCCAUCA